UCUAGACCACACGUCCUCCUGAGACACCUAGCAGGAAGACAAAGGAAGUCACUGUUUCUCACCAGCCCCAGCAAGCAUUCCCUUGCAUCACGACAGUGCCAGUUUGGAUACGGGCUGCUCUCAGAGGCAAGGUCAAGGGGUAAACGGCGUGUUUCUCUCUGCUAAUAUAUAGGGCCACCCCUGGAGGAGUGCUAUCCAUCCCACCCAUACUGCAUGCUUGAGGAUCGAAUGCAUAGAUGUUUUAAAAAUGGAUCAGGAUACCAUUGUCCUGAAAAGGGGAAAUGGCUCAUUUAAAAAAAAAAAAGGUGUUGGUGCUAAGGAUUAACAAUGGGCACCCAGAAGGACGUCCAACCCCCAAAGCAGCAGCCAAGGAUAUAUAUCUGUGGAGAAUGUCAGGCAGAAAAUGAAAUAAAAUCCAGGGAUCCAAUCAGGUGCAGAGAAUGUGGAUACAGAAUAAUGUACAAGAAAAGGACUAAAAGAUUAGUGGUUUUUGAGGCUCGAUGAACAGAAUUCAGAAGAAUAUCUUUGUUUGCAUUUGUAUUUGCUGUUAUUGUAUAGUUUUUGAUGAGUAU